AUGGACAAGCGCGCCCCGGAGCUUGUUGACGAGGAGGAUGCGUCCGAGACGCAGGUUGAAAUCAAGUACUCUGCAGCUGAAGAGACUCGAGGCUCGAAUAUAUUGUUCAUGACAGUUGUUCCUAAUGUGACCGACUUGCUAGACAUGUUGGCAUUUCUUGACAGGGGCAACAUCGGUAAUGCAGUGCUUGCGGGCAUGUCGAAGGACCUAGACCUGGAAGGCGAUCGUUAUGAAUGGCUCCUGACAAUCUUCUACAUCACCUACAUCGUCUUCGAGUUCUCACUUCUUUUCUGGAAGAUCUUUCCGCCCCACAUUGUUGGAGCGAUAGUGGUUCUUGGAUGGUAA